AUGUUCUCGUCCCCCCAUGAUCCAAGCACCCCGGGCUCCCGAGCUCCCCCGCGACACACGUAUGGCCGACGCUCCGUUAACCGCACCGCCGGGCGUAACAAACGCCCCUCUCCACCAGGCAGCGAUACCGACACGGACGGCAGUGAUGACGAUACCGACGACCACAAGAUGAUGGGGAACGCAAAGGGCAAGGGAAAAGCAGUGGAUACCGGGUCGAACGGUACGCCGGGGAACCGUGAUGCCAAGCGCGCUCGCGUAACCACGGCCGAUGUGCCAACAGCAGCACUGUCCGCGCGUACCACGACGGCAACAACCCUCCUGGGCUCGCCAACAGCCUCAUCCGGAUCCUCGCGGACGGGUUUGAUGUCAGGGGCGUCUCUAGUCUCUACUUCGUCUUCUCAGGCUACGGCGGCUUCAAGGCCGGUACGCAGGACAGCAUCAAACGACGCUCACACGAUGUUGGCGCCGGUACUCGCGUCAUCCCCUUCACUCUCGUCUGUCGAGUCCCCCCCAACGAAGACAACAUCAGCAGCCACGCCUCGUAACCGAGCGAACCCGCAGCUUGCAUUGCAUCCUCCAUCGUCAUCUCCCGUGGCACCAUCCCCAGUAGCCUCGGCCAUUCCGCGCGCCGGAUCCCCGCUCCGCCGGUCUCCUCGACACUCGCCCGCCCCAGCGAGUCCCAAGGACUUAUCAGCCCUGUUUGCCGUCGUCUCACCCGGGCCGUCAAAGCUGGGCCCAACGGCCUCGGGAUCAAGUCUGGGUGGUGGAGGUGGAGAGGAAAGCCAGGGCAGUACCAGCAGUAACACAAGUGCGCGCUCUCGUCGAGCGGGACCUCGUCGUAUGCUGUCCAAGGCUCAGAGCAUGCAGGUGGCCGCUUCCGCCGCGCCUCCUACGCAACCGUCGCCUCCCAGCACGCCGCGCGCCUUGCGUCUUUCCCAGUCGAUGCCGAUAACGCCUGGCAGCGCGCAGUCGGACAAGACUGGCGAUGUUGCGGUCGCCGCAGGCUCUCCUGUGACUGGGGCUACACUGGUCGCACCCAUCCCUGGCUCGCCCGGCUCUGGCGGGCGUGCGCGCAGGACAUAUGGUGCCGCACGAUCGUUCCUCUCCACGGCCGAACUGUCCAUGGACGACGAACCUCGCGAGUCGUACGCCGAAAGGCGCAAGCGGUACGAGACGGACAAUGACGGCGACGACGGCGCCACGCGCAACCUGUACGCCGAGCUACAACUCGCCAACGCGCCCGAGCGUAUCUCCGACAUGCGAUCCAAGGGCGAGAACCGCCGGGUCAUGGACGAGAUUGCCUACCUCCUUGACAGCCUCAGCCAGCCGUCUCAGACGACGAAACGCUCCACGGCGCUGGACAUUCUCGACAACAUGCAAAGGGUGGAAUGGAUCGACAAGAUGCAGAUAGUGGAUAAGACCGGGGAAAUCUUUGCGGCGUUGUGUGGUGGUGACGAUAUCCUCGACGCCACGGCGCUCAUCUUCCUCGCCUUACUUGUCGCGAAGGACAAGCUCGCAAUCGUGCUGUCUGCAGAAGACCAGGUCGUUGCUUUCGCCACACGCAGUCUUGCUCAACGCGCUGGGCCGCUGGAUACGGGGUACAAGAGCAAGUUGACACCAUCGGUGAGUUACGGAGACACGGACAAUACCAACUCUCAGAUACGCAAGUUGCGCGACAUUGCCAGCAAGCUGUACCCUCCCGCAGAGUCUGGCGCAGUGAGCACCCGGCGCUUCGCGUCAUUAAUCCUCGCCCGCGCGUGCCACGAGUCGACAUGGCCCCUCGUCGAGCGCACCGUUAUGACCGAACACGUGAGCCACGCGGCGCUCGAAUCUCUCACCACUGAGAUCCACCCACUCCGCGAGCGCCUCGAGCUGUACGCAAAGGGGUUGGACCUCGCGCCAAAGGAGGCCGCAGUGGACAUGGUGCACCUGCAGCAAUGUCUCGAGGUUCUCGGCUCGAUCGUGAUGUAUUCCCCGGAAGAACGAGAGCGAAUGAUGGACACAGACCAAGAACACGUCCAGGAUGUUGUGGAUGUCUUGGUCGCCAUGUCUGCAGCGACUCUGGACGAUGACGAUGACCUGAAAUUACAAGCGGCCCAAAACGUCGUUCUGGCCCUCCAACUGCUCACUCCACUGGCCCCGUCUCCAAAACUCAAGACUCUGCUUCCAACCUUGGCUGAGCAGCCGGGCGCAAUGACCGCGCUGGCACGCAGCCUCGUGACGCGCCAAGAGCUCUCUGCCUCCCUCCGCCGCCCGACUGACUACGACGACGCUGGCUCGGUCGCUGACGACGGCACGGACGGUGACGGCGCGACCGUCGCUGGAGGCGACAUUGCUGUUCAUGCGGGCACCACUGGUCCUGCCGCUCUGACGAGCACAGACGAAGUACUUGCCCUUGUGCUGGCCAUGCUCGGCACGAUGACUUUGGCAAGUUCCGAAGCGGCCGUGACGAUUGCGACGACUCCUGUCCCGCUCUGUGGCAAGCGCUCUUGCGCGCUCGCUUGUAAAUGCACCACACCGGACCCGCAGGCGCUCGCUACCGUCUUGGCACAAGUGUACACCCACGACCUAGCCACCCGCCUCGACGACAGCUUUGCAGCGUACUUGCACGGCUACGUCGCGUUCCUCAUCACCAAGCUCCUCGUCGUCGACGCAAAUGUGAGCACAAGCACAAGCACAGGCACAAGCGUGCGCGCGCUCGUCGAGGCCCAUCUCCCCGGCACGACCUGGACGAGUAAACAGCAGGGUCUGCUGGGCGCCAUCAAGGAGCUGUCGAGCGUAACGGCGAUCGCGCACGGCAAGAUGCGUGCCCUCGUGGACGACUCGGACGCGGCGCAUGGGCGUGCACAUGGGGCGCAUGCGGCGCAUGCGGCGCCGGCGGACGAGGGGACCCCAGUCCUCCUGCGCGCCGCGAUGGAGGAGCUGAGGGGGAUGAUCGCGCAGUGA